AAGGUGGCCGCGCGCCCGCGCUGCCCACUCGCUCGCGCACACAGACACACGCCAGCCCCGCGCGCGUCCCAAGCCGCACAGCUCUGCAAAAGUUUCUGCUCGAGAUUUGGCUCUCUUCCCCCUGGACUUUCGAACGACUAGGGGCUGAGAGAGGAAAGCAGAGGCUCACGGGCGGAGCAGAAAACACCGCCGUUUGCCUUGGAGAGUAGGUAGCCGGGGCUGCACUCUAGCCGCUGCGCCCCGAGCCGGGGCCGACUCGCCACUCUGCCGAGCAGCUCCGAUCAGGAGGCGACCCGUUUGUGGCUGUUGUCCCGGGGCGUCUUUGCUGGGCGGGAGGCUUGCACCGCAGCCAGCGCCAUGCAGAACUACAAGUACGACAAGGCGAUCGUCCCGGAGAGCAAGAACGGCGGCAGCCCAGCGCUCAACAACAACCCGAGAAAGAGCGGCAGCAAGCGGGUGCUGCUCAUCUGUCUCGACCUCUUCUGCCUUUUCAUGGCGGGUCUGCCCUUCCUCAUCAUCGAGACGAGCACCAUUAAGCCUUACCACCGAGGAUUUUACUGCAAUGAUGAGAGCAUCAAGUACCCACUGAAAAUUGGUGAGACGAUAAAUGACGCUGUGCUCUGUGCUGUGGGGAUCGUCAUUGCCAUUCUUGCGAUCAUCACAGGGGAAUUCUACCGGAUCUAUUACCUGAAGGAGAAGUCCAGGUCCACAAUCCAGAAUCCCUAUGUAGCAGCCCUCUAUAAGCAAGUGGGCUGUUUCCUCUUUGGCUGUGCCAUCAGCCAGUCUUUCACAGACAUUGCCAAAGUGUCCAUAGGGCGCCUGCGCCCUCAUUUCUUGAGUGUCUGCAACCCAGAUUUCAACCAGAUCAACUGCUCCGAGGGCUACAUUCAGAACUACAGAUGCAGAGGGGAGGACAGCAAAGUUCAAGAAGCCAGGAAAUCCUUCUUCUCUGGCCACGCCUCCUUCUCCAUGUAUACUAUGCUGUAUUUGGUGCUAUACCUGCAGGCUCGCUUCACAUGGCGAGGUGCCCGCCUGCUUCGACCCCUCCUCCAGUUCACCUUGAUCAUGAUGGCCUUCUACACGGGACUAUCUCGCGUAUCUGACCACAAGCACCAUCCUAGCGAUGUCCUGGCAGGAUUUGCUCAGGGAGCCCUGGUGGCCUGCUGCAUUGUUUUCUUCGUGUCUGAUCUCUUCAAGACCAAGACAACACUCUCACUGCCUCCACCUGCUAUCAGGAAGGAAAUCCUCUCACCUGUGGACAUUAUCGACAGGAACAAUCACCACAACAUGGUGUAGUGCCUCCCACCGCCUGAGCUGUUUCUGUAAAAUGACUGCUGACAGCAAGUUCUUGCUGCUCUCCAAUCUCAUCAGACAGU